AUGGCUACACGCAAGCGCCCUCGCGACGUGGAAGAAUAUGACAAGUACCAGGGCCUUGUCAUCUAUGUUGGGAACGUCCACUACGAUGCCAACCCAGUCGACUUUGAACACUUUCUUCAGGACAAUGGCAUGUCAUGCACACUUUACUGGCCUGAAGCCGGCGAAAGGUCUCAUGGCGGCUGGUGUUGGGCUCGGUUCCAUCAUCAUGACCAUGCUAGCUAUGCGAUCAACAAUCUCAACGGCACCAUUUUCUGCGGGAGAAUGCUAAGAACAGGGCACGUGGCCACCAACUCUACCUUUAAUCCUCACACGUUUUUUCAAGAUUACAACCUGCUGAAAUACCCAGGCCCCUCGUCACAUCACUAUCACCGCCCUGCGGAGCAUCCUGGCUUUUACCCCUCGACAAAGAACCUCCGACCACCAGCGGCCCCCUUCAGGCAGAGUGUUAACAACGAAGUGCAGUACCCGGACUGCUAUCCACCGAAAAAGACGGAGCAUCUGAAUCACCGUCACAUCCCAAAGUUGCAGGAUGUCUGGGAAGCAGACAAACCCUUCCUUAACACUGCAAACAUCUUUGCCAAAGGGAUCAAGAUAUCGGGACUGGCAAUCACGCUUUAUUGGCAACCCGGCCGCGUCCUUGGACCGAAUUCUCAAGAGAGAUCUACCAUCUCUCAUUCCGAAAGAUUCAUCAGACCGGCCGAUAUGAGCACCAAUAUCCUUUCGGCGACGUGCCGCAGCCACAUUGUUUCAUACAAGCGCCCUCCAGGAGUUGGACUUGGCUGGGGCGACUUUGAUCGCUUCUAUGAGUGGCAGCUACUUGGCCGUAAGGUUCAAAAGUCGAUGGUGCGAGCUCAGAGGUUUCAGCAAUCGAACUCUCCCCACAUGAGCUUCAUUUCCGAGUUGACAGGUUGCCUUCAUAUCGUACGAACAGAUUCCACCAAGAUUGAAUCUCGAAGGACCCUCAAGAAACCUAACUUGUGGCAGAAGCUCAAAAAUAGCAAGAACUGAAGGAGAAAAUGAGUGAUGUUGAUAUUAGUGACGGUUGAAGAGGGGGUAUUCUGACAGAUGCUGAGAUUUGUACAUGAAACAAUGUUGUCAACAAGAUGGAGAGUUUAUAAUGGCAUAUGAAGGAGGACUUGACGAUAGCUCAAGGCAAGGAGAGUAUUAAGAAAUAGGCAGUGGAUCAGGCAAAAGUGUUAGGGCGAAAAUAAUC